AUGAAUUACGAAAAAAUUAUUUCAAAACUUUUACUUCCUGAAUUUUCAAUUGUGUUGCGUUGUGUUCCUGUCGACAUUGAAAUUAAUUCACUAUUAACAAACAUUAAAACUGAUUAUCCGGAUGUACUUGGUGCUUUUAGAAUAACUGGUAUGAAUAAAAGACUUCCAACUUUAGUUCGAUUAGAUAUCCAAAAUAUUUCUGUUAUCGAUAAAUUACUUGAUAAGAAAUUUAACUACUAUGAAAAUCUUCGUUUAGUAUUAACUAAAUAUCUAUUAUCAACAGCUGCUGCACCUGUUCAUCAACAAAAUGUUCGUGCUGAUUUUCAUCUUAAUGAUCUAGAUUUUCCUGUAGUAAAUGGAAAUUUAAGCAAUAUUCCUUAUCGUACUAAUAAUUCAUUUAUUAAUACGGGUAAAAAAAUUAACGAGAUGUUUAUUAAAAUGAAAUAUUUAGACGAUAAUAUGAAUCGUUUAAUUGAUCUAAAUAAUAAAUAA